AUGGCGGACGCACUCAAAGCCGAGGGCAACAAGCUCUUCUCAGCCAAGGACUUCAACGGCGCAGUAGACAAAUUCUCAAAAGCAAUCGAGAUCGAGCCCUCAAACCAUGUGCUAUACUCGAACCGCUCCGGAGCCUAUGGAGGGCUCAAGAACUGGGACAAGGCGCUCGAAGAUGCUACCAAGACCACCGAGAUCAAGCCAGACUGGGCCAAAGGCUGGGGAAGGAAAGGCGCGGCGUUACAUGGUGUCGGCAACCUCGUCGAUGCUACAGAUGCGUUUGAGGAGGCUCUGAAGCUAGACCCGAACAAUGCGCAAGCAAAGUCAGGGUUGGACUCAGUGAAGAAAGCGAUUGAGGCAGAAGCAAGAGCAGAUGGCGUUGCGGGAGACCCCACAGGUGGCAUCGGGAGCAUGUUCAACGAUCCGCAGCUCUACCAAAAGCUGUCGAAGAAUCCAAAGACGGCUGCGCUGUUGGGAGACUCACAGUUCAUGGCGAAGCUGCAGAGUCUGAAGGAUAAUCCGAAUGCUACUGGGGAGAUGUUCUCAGAUCCGCGCAUGCUGCAGGUGAUGAGUGUGUUGCUCGGCAUUGACAUGCAAAUGGGCGAGGACUUUGCGAAAGGUGCUGGAGCUGAUGCGAAGGGAGGUGAGGACGAGGAAGACGUUCCCAUGCCGGAUGCCAGACCAAAAGAGGAGCCGAAGAAGGCGGCGGAGCCCGCACCCGAGCCAGAGCCAGAAGAUGAGGAGGCAGCUGCAACAAAGAAGGCUAAGGAGGAGGCGGACAAGGAGAAGCAGCUCGGUACGACGGCAUACAAGAAGCGAUCGUUCGACGAAGCGAUACAGCACUACACCAAGGCGUGGGAGAUACACAAGGACAUCACCUACCUCACCAACCGCAGCGCUGCCAAUUUCGAGAAGGGCGACUACCAGGCUUGUAUAGAAGACUGCAAGCAGGCUGUUGAGCACGGGCGCGAGGUGUUUGCCGACUUCAAGAUCAUUGCCAAAGCGUACGGUCGUAUGGGAUCGGCGUGGGAGAAGCUGGGUGACCUGGCGAGUGCAGUGGACAACUACCAGCGCAGUUUGACAGAGCACCGCACACCCGACAUCCUCACGAAGCUCCGCACCGCUGAGAAGAACAAGAAGGAUGCCGACCGCACCGCCUACAUGGACCCGCAAAAGGCAGAGGAGGCGCGAGAGCUGGGCAACCAGAAGUUCAAGGAGACCGACUGGCCGGCCGCCGUCGAGGCCUACAGCGAGAUGGUCAAGCGCGCGCCCGAAGACCCUCGCGGCUACAGCAACCGCGCGGCGUGCCUGAUUAAGCUCCUCACCUUCCCCGGCGCUGUACAGGACUGUGACGAGGCGAUCAAGCGAGACCCCAAGUUCAUCCGCGCAUAUCUCCGCAAGGCUCAAGCACUCUUCGCCAUGAAGGAGUACAAUCGCUGUCUCGACGCCUGCGCUGAGGCUACCGGCCAGGACACGGACGGCAAGAACGCGCGUGAGAUCUCGCAGCAAGAGCAGAAGGCGCUGGAGGCGAUGUAUGCGGCGCGCGAGGGCGAGACGGAGGAGCAGGCGCAGGCGCGUAUCCAGCGUGACCCGGAGGUUAUGCAGAUUCUUCAGGAUCCGGUCAUGCAGUCGAUCCUCCAGCAGGCCAAGGGCGACCCGGCGGCGCUGCAGAAUCACAUGCAGAACCCGCAGGUGCGGACGAACAUCCAGAAGCUCAUGGCUGCGGGUGUCAUUCGCAUGGGUCGGUAG